UGCAUAUUCGACGAAGCCUGCGUGGACGACCUGAUAUUCGCAGAUAGUAUAAUAAAGGCGAUGCGGAUUCCUUUACAGUCGAGAGGAGUUGCAAGUGGUGCCACGUUCAAGUAAGCCUCAGUGCAAUAGGUCUCUUGUUGUAAACUUGUACUACCGUUUAUACAGAAUCAUCUUCUCGUGCCAGUGUACCAUUGUUCUGGAAGUGCUGGAGCCCAGUAAUGACACAUUUUUCUAAUGUCCAACCCACAAGGCAAAAAGGUUCGGUUCCUCCGGAUGCAAUCAUAAGACCACUAGUAGAGCGAUAUGCUGCUAGCGGGUACAGCAAUUCGGAAAUUAUAUCACGUCUUCGAACACACAAGGAGACCAGUAAUUUCAAGAUAUCACUUAGCCUCCUGAAAAGCGCCGCUCACAAUGGGGACUUAAGUCUACCCGUGGUCAAGCACACAGUCAAGAGCAUCGGACCUGCAAUCGGACAUGUUCGCCAACGGUUCCCCAAACAAGGUUCUCACGACGUGAAGCAAACACUGCUGCAGGAGGAGCAACUUAUGGUUCCGAGAACUUUCAUACUCCAGUACAUGAACGUUCAUCGCGCCAUCAUCGUCCCGAUGUCAGGGGACCCCCAUCAUGUUCCUUUACCAUCCAUCGCUCUCGCAGAUAUGAAGAUUCUCAAAGAUCGCUUCUCUAGGGCAAUACGAGAUUCAUCUCGGAUGAACCCAGGGGAGUCGAGGACGGAUCUCAUAGUGCUCUUGCAGAUAAUAUGGGACCGGAUUAUGCUACCCAUCAUCGACGUACUCGAGCAUGUCCUCAAACCAAAGCGCCCCUCUCGAAUCUGGCUGUGUCCGACUGCUGCUUUCACGUCCAUUCCUCUCCAUGCAGCUCACCCGUUCCAAACAAAGGCGGAUCGUUCUGGGAAGGAGCCAUGCCUGGAAGAUGGUAGAUGAAGAAGCGCGUGCCUCCGUCCUUGGUGGCGAUCGGACAGGGUCAACCGGGUGCAGGGAAAGACAAGGCGCUCUUGGCUGUCGACAGUGCGACAGCGAGCUUGAGCUUGCUCAUAAGCUCGUUCCUGCAAC